UAAACUUUUUUAAAAACCAAAUAAAAAGGUAUACGCGAUUAGGGCUUCUAGAGAGAGAGAGAUAGCUAGUUGUGAAUUCGGUGGCGGCAUGAAUCAGCCGGAGAAUCUGGGAGAGUCUAGCAGGGUGAAUAAGAAUAUGAAUCGCAAUCGCAAUCGGAAGCGCAAGCGCAGAGUUCGGAGUGGAGCUAGAGCUCGGGCCGUAGCUAGAGCUCGGACCGGAGUUAGAGCUACGGUCGGAGGCGCUACUCUCUUGUACGACCCAGUCUAUUGCACGCGCUGUGAUCUUCAAACAAUGCGUAAGAUCGAAGAAUAUACAGCUCUAUGUAUCGACAUCUAUAACAAAACACACGCCGUAAAAUACAGUGUGCUGAAGGUGCUCCGUGCAACUGGACAUUUAUUCGCAGGUUAUCAGUACAGGAUUACAUUUACCGCUAAGCCUGUGAAGGAUGACGAUGACGAUGAUAGCAAUGCCAAAACCUUUCAAGCUACUUAUGCUUAUAUAUAUAAAUAUGUUGUCUCUGUUGAUUUUGCCCCUCCUGCUGAAACGGAAUCGGAUGAACCGGAAUCGGAUGAACCGGAUCUUGUAUAGGUGAUUCCAGCCUCUAGGUUCACAGUAACUAUAUAUUAAGUUGUGUUAGUUUAAACGUAAUUUGUGUGCAUCUAGAAUCCCUUUUUGUGAAAAGAAAUGACUGUGUGGAGGUCAAUGCCAUGUGGAACAAUGCUAAGCUCAUGUAUUUUCACAUUUUGCUUGCUACUGCUAGAUUUUGUGGUUGUCUAAUUUAUGCGUCCUGGCAACUUGAUGAUUGAUGAAUUUUAUCAGCUGUUUAAAUAGUCUAAAAUGCAGGCAAGUGUGCCUUGUUUUUACAGAUGUGGUGUGAACUGUGAAGUAGAUUCAUCAAUAACUUUAUAUGUAAUUCAGGAUAUAAAUAUUUCCUUUCUCCUGUUAA